AGUCCUGUUCUCCAAUUUUAGAACACCUUUAAACUGAAACCGGGGAAAAAAAACAAAAUUGGCCCAUGCAGGUCUCGAACCUGCGACCUUCGCGUUAUUAGCACGACGCUCUAACCAACUGAGCUAAUAGGCCGGACGGUUUUAAAACUCAAAAUUAUCUACAAAAACCUUCGGCAGGAGGGGUUGCGCGAGGCCAAGAGCCCCUAUAAAUGCCAGUGCGUAGGACACUAGGAGAGGAGAGAUCGCAGGACACUUCAGAAUACUGAAAUGAGGCCUAGAAGCAGUAGUAGUAGUAGUAGUAAUAGGAGCAGUGAGGCUCGCUCCACCUCAUCCUGCGCAGCUUGCAAAUUGCUGAAAAGGAGAUGCGGCCCCAAUUGUAUAUUCGCCCCGUAUUUCCGGUCCGACGAGCCCAAGAAGUUCGCCCGAGUCCACAAGGUGUUCGGAGCCAGCAAUGUCAGCAAGAUCCUCACGGAGGUGGCGGAGGAGCACCGGGAGGACACCGUCAACUCCCUCGCCUACGAGGCGGAGCUCCGCCUCAGGGACCCCGUCUACGGCUGCAUUGGCGCCAUUGCUCAGCUUCAGACCAAAAUGGCCGAGCUCCAACACGACCUCGCCGUCGCCAGAUCCCGCCUCGCCCGCUUCCUCUGCGUUGGCGGUGCACCGCCGCUCCCGGUGGAGAACUGCGUGGACGUGGAGGGGCUUCUUCUGCCCGACUUGUUUCCGUUGUGGGGUGAUUGUUUGAAUCAGGGUUUCUUGUCGGAUGUGAAUCAUUUUGAGUUUUGAUGUGUAUAAUCUAUCUCACUCUUCGUUUCGCA